CAUCUCACUCUCGUUACUUUGUCGAUCGUGGUUUUGAAAUUGACGGAGACCCACCAGUGUCCACAGCUUGAUAUGUAUGCUAUUAUAAUAGAGGUCUCCCAGCUGAAGCAUAUAUGGACGUGUCAUAAUGUACUAAUCUCCCCCGUCAUUCUAUUAAAUUACUGGUGUUUUACUUCCUAGAUCGGGCGACAAGAAUCAUAUCUUUGCGCCGGUUACCCUCACCUCUAUUCUAUCAUCACUAUGGGCACAGAGCCGAAGACCGCUGGCUACCACCGGAAUGCGGCUCGGCGGAGAAAUACUAUCUUUAAAAAGUGCGAAGAGUUGAGCCGGCUUGGGGUCGACCUUUGGAUUAUUAUCGGUUCAACCGAUCAAACACAUGUCUUCAAAUCAAGAGACCGUGGUCUGUUUGAUAGGUUUGACAGGCAAGUGAUGCUAUCGUGCACUCGACCCAAAUGGCAAAAACCUCAAAAGGAUAUCCUGGCACCAACCAUAGCGCCUCGUCGAGUGCUCAUUGUCGAUCGGCUGCGUGCGGACCAUUCAGGUUCUGCGAUAGAGGAAAGCACAACCCUAGUGAAAUGA